GAACACGGAUUCCAUAUAUAUUACCUACAUACAUGUCUAGUACGCACCAUGUACCAUUCAAAUGAGAAGAAGAUUCUCGGAUUCGGUAUCCUUCGGCUGAAAUGUGUUGUUCUUCUACUGUACCUACAUCCAAAACGUAUACCGACAACCUGACCUUGAUCCAUACUUGACUGAUUAGCCCAACCCUACCAAAAGAACAUUUCAUUGUACGGAUGCUUCGCACGAAAGGGACGGGCAAGAAUUGUUAAGUUAUAUCGAGAGAUCAAACAUCGUUUGUUAUGCUCUAGAAAUUGAUUACCGCGCCGUAUGCUCGAGCCAAAUACAGAUGCAAAGUUCCAAAUACAAAGUGAAUCAAUCAUUCUUUACGGGACAAGCCUUGUUGUAACAACUCUUGGUCUCCAGUUCUUCAAUAUCUACGAGAGUUACAUCGAUUUGAUAGAUGUCCAGCCUCAUUCGAUUUCUCUCUUUACACCGACUUCACUCCAACCAUACCUACUUCCUUCUUGAUUGAUAUACACCUCGUCUCCGGUCAAUUGGUCGUUGAUUCUUAUAUAUUGAAACCCUCCCUCCUCCCUCCUCCCCCAAACCACGCCUAAUAUAAAACAGUGUUCGAUUAUCGAUUAUCGAAUCUAAAAUUGAACACCCAAAACAUCUGAUUGUCGACCUCACAUGAACAUUCAACGCAUCUGAGUAUCGACUUGAACUUGCUUUUUCUUCAACUUAAUCACUACUCCGAGUCAGGGGCAAACUUUGACCUUUCUACCCAAACAUACCUCGCUCACCUGACAUCUAAAUCAUCGUCCCUCAACCUUCAACCCAAGUGGUCCGCGUCGGACUAUGGACAUAAAAAGCAAUACGGCAAAGCACUGAAAAUAGAACCGUACUUGAACAAUCUUGCUUUGAUAUCGAGGAUUAAUUUAACAUAUCCAUCAAAUCGAGUCUUGAUGCAGCAUUCUACUGCCCUGUGUCAAUACCCUUUCAUCAAUACUUUCACAAAACCUCCUUGAACCAUGGACAUCAAUCAGCUUCCACCAGAGCUAAUCCAGUGUAUUGGCGACCACCUUCGGAGAGCUCCACUCAACGCCUUGAUCCAGACCUCCAAACGCCAUGCGAAAAUCCUAACAUUCCUUCUCUAUCAAAAAGCUUUCCGUCGUCACUUUCGUCCCGCUAUAGACAAUGAACCGGAACCUAGAGCAAGGUCAAUAUGGGUGUACAGUCGAGGUCGCAGCUAUGUUUCUCAACGACGUUUAUGGGCGUGUGCUCCUCAUUGGGAAUCCGAAUAUGUAAUGGAUUAUUUCAACAAUCGAUCGCUGGGAUGGGCACAAACUCGUUUUGGAGGAAGAGAAAGAAACGGUGCUACUUGGUUACAUCUCUUAGCCGCAGCUGGUCAUGAAAAACUUUUGAAGAUGUUCAUUACCAAAGGUCUCGAUAUCAACUCACGUGACUGGGCAGGGAAUACAGUCUUACACUCCGCUGUCGCGGCAGAACAACAUGGAUUGAUUGAGUUUUUACUUCAAGGUGGUGCAGACGUUUUGGCUAUCAACUCGACGAAUCAAUCAGUGUUGGUUUAUGCAUUGGUUAGGUAUAAGAUAGGGGCUUUGAUACCGAUCAUUGACGCUGUGAAAGCACGAGGUGGAGAUCUUAACUACAAUGCCAAUGGAUCAGGACACCCGCCGAUAUUUCUAGCUACAAGAACAGCUGAAGCACUUCCAGUUAUUAAAAAGUUCUUGGAAAAUGGAGUCAAUGUUUUUCAAAUACUAUCAACGGGUGCGGCAGGCAAUAAUGAUACUCUCCUUCAUUGGGCUUGCCGUUACGGGCAUCAUGAAAUAGGAAAUUUCCUUGUGUCUCAAAUGUCUAGUCGGCCAGGAUUCAUCUCUUUACUGAACGAUCGACACAUGGCUCCCAUCCAUCUCGCGAUAUGUCACAAAUCAUUAUCUCUCUCCAAAACCCUAAUAGCAGCUGGAGCAAACCUCGACGACGGAGAUCAAAUCGGUUCCACUCCUCUCGAUCUAGCUAUUGACCAUCGCCGAUCCGGUCUCUUCCAAGAAAUCUAUCUCAAGUGCAAUUACAAAGACACCGCCUUCCAAAAAUUCAAACAAGUCCUCUCAGACAGCAUCAAAGACGAACAUCCCCUCGUAAUCCGCCACCUCCUCGACCUCCAAGCCCCCUGCUCCAUUCAAUUCCCCCUCCCCACCCUCCACCACCUCAUCGAAAACCACGGCAACACCAUCUCAGGCUGCCAGAUUAUCGAGCUAAUCGGAGACGCCAUGCCCCCCACCAAUUUCCACAUCCGCUCCCAACCCCUCGGCGAAACCCCGCUCCACCUCGCUCUCCGCAAAUCUCUCCACAACAUCCCCAUCAACAGCGACCGUCUCAUAACCUACCUCCUCCUCAAAACCCGUACCCUCACUCUCCUCACCCGCGAAGGAAACUCCAUCCUCCACCACGCCGCCCUCUUCUCCACCCCCAAAACCAUCUCGCAAAUCCUCGCUCACAAAAACACCACCCACGAACUCUUCUUCCUCGAAAACAAAGCCGGCAAAACCGCUCUCCAAGAAGCCGCCCGCAGAACCGGCAACCACCGCAAAAUCACAGACGCCCUCUUUCACGCCCGCACAAAAUUUGAUCGUCUCCGCAAGCGCGAAAAAAAUAUCGCCAAUAGUCCGCGCAAGAUUGGGAAGCCCGCGGUGCCGGAUCCGCCCGUGAGGAGAGAAGAGAGUCCGCAGGUGCUCAAGAAGAGAGAGAAAGAGGAGAGGGAAAGGAGAGGAAGUUGUGUGGAAAGUGAAAUGGGGAGGAGAGAUUCGGAUGCGGAUAAAGAGGAGAGGAGGAGGAUGACGGAAUACUCUGAUGAUUGAUGAGUUUAUUUUUUAUUUUUGCAAAGUUUUCUCUCUCUCUCUCUUUUUUUUUACUUGCAUUUUAUCAAAGGCGGUUAUGGCUAUGGUUAUCUAAAAAGGAUAGAAAGAUAUAUACGAAAAGAUUGGAAUCGGAAUCGGAAUCGGAAUUGGGGACUAGCAUCUGGCAUCUGGCACCAUGGCAUAUGCAUGAAAUGGCGAUAACUAUACUAUGUAUUAUCAAUGAAGAAGAAGAAAAAACGAAAAGAACGAAUAAAAGAAAUAAAGUUGAAACGUUAUUCCAUCAAUCAAAUACACCUACCUACCUAACUACCUACCCA